CAGGACUGCGCAGGCAUUCCCAGACCUCACUUUACAAGAACGCUUUAGCCAUGUUUAUAUAACUCAUUCAGCUGCUCAUACCGUUUUAUAGAGAACGAGUUAGAAAGAGCAACAGAAAGGCAGAACAAGGAGACGGUGAACUCUAAACACACAAAUGUUUACGUCCCAGUGUUCGCUUCAGGAGUCCAUAGACGGAGAGGAUAAAAGUACAGAUCUCGAUCCCGAGGAGGAGGCGCCACCCGGCAACUUUUACUAUGCACUGUACGAGAUACGGGAUGACAGCAGUGUUACCCUCAUUGACACCAACCUGCCAUCACAGGCUGAGCCUGAUCUACAAAGCCACAUUAGUAAGCGUCUUGGAAAAGGAACCUUGCUGUUUGGUAUUGGAAGCACAGCCACAUUGGAACUGAGUAUUCCUGAAAAAGUCAUUGGCUGUUACCACUGUCUGUUUCAGCAAGACAAGCAUGGUGCAGAAGAGGACAAGACCUUCCUGAAUUAUGUUGUCUGCUUCCUUGGAGGCACAGAAAAGGGUCUUGAACUUUUCAGAGUAGAACUGGAUGGAUAUGUCCAAGAGCUACCCAGUAGCCUGAUCCUCCAGGAAAGUGACAUGAAAACUGAAAUUGGGAUAUAUGUGAGCAGUUGGUAUGAGGAUUCUAUUAUGUAUAUUCAUAGAGUGGUCUUGCUUGCCCAGGAAAGAAUUUCCUCCUUGUUACAUGCUGCUUUGAGGCGCACCCCUGUAAAUGUCCUUGGGGCAGAUGACAAAACCAAGCAGGACAUCGAGAGGUUUUUAAAUGCAGCUAGCGUUCAUGGUUUGGCUCAGGAGGACGUGUCCAGUGCAUCGAGCUGCGGAGCAUCAGUGGUUGAGCCACAGAAAAGCCUCCUUAUAGACUGCAGUCAGCUACAGCCUACCUUCCUGAACGAAGGAAAGAACAGAUUUUGUGAGGAGUGGAGCCAAGCCUUUCUGAAUAGUGCUGAAGGGGGCAAUGCGUUUCUUCUGAGGCAGAUUCUGGAAAACUUCAAGCUAAAGGCAAUACAAGACUUGAACAACCUGAAGCGCCUGGUUCGGCAGGCUGAGACGAGCCAUUAUGCCCUUUUUCGCUGUUACACAUUCCUCCAGAACUGUGGCAAUGGAGAUGUGCUGCUGCAGAAUGUGAAGGUGGAGUACGCCGAGAUGCCUGAGGCAGGUAGUAUUGUCCAGGUGUUGGAAGAGUUCUCUCAGGAGGAAACACUGUCUCAUCUGAACUGACAUAUACAAGAAGUACUUCACUUAUUUGUUACUGACCCCUCUUAGGGCAUCCCAGCAGCAACGAGGAACUGCAGUCUCAGAGCAGGAACUGCUUUUUGGGGCCGUCUGUUACCAUUACUGAUGCACAGUGAACAUGUUAAACUCUACCAUCUCUGUUAUCGGACAUUUGUAUUAAUUGUAUCACAAAUGCUAGCAACAUUUGCUUCCCUCCUAUAUUCAACUCAUAGUGAUACAUGGACUCCAUUUUGCGAGAAACCAGCCCAUCUUCCUGUCCAUUUUGUUAAAGCAGUCUCACUUAGAACCCCGAUACACUCCUGGAUCUGAGGAUUACAUGUAAAACAGCAAUUCCAUGUUUCACACCUUAGUCUUGGACUUGGCCUAUAAAUGCGGUGCAUUAAGUCUCACAUUCCUGAAAUGCCUCAAUUUUUACAUUAGAAUUUGCUUCAUUAGAUAACUUCUUGCAUUCUAUCAGAAUGACCAAGAGCCACUUAAUUAUAAAAGUAAAUGAGUGCAUGGUUAGUGGUAGGCCAGACUGUUAACUAGCUGACAGAGUUCAUUUUUGUGGGUAAUACCUGUUUUCAUUAUUUUCUAUUUUAUUUUAACCAGUGAGGCACUUUUUAACCUUUAGUCACUUGCAUAUGUCAAAACAGGCACAAUAUUUAUGUAUGGACUUGUCCGUAACACUAACUUGUCAAUAAACAAACUGAAUAGUUUGUCAUGGAGUGACAGCAGGCUCCUGUCUUGCCCCUGCUGCUGCCAAUGCAGGCUCAAUUUAAAUAACCCUAAUCUGUAUUGUACACGUUUGAUUGUGAAUAUAUGAAUGAAUAGA